AUGUCUCUGAUAGGAAUCAGUCUCCGAAUUGCUUGCUUUUCGGCAUCAGAUCAUCCUCAAGAAUGGGCUGCGCAUCCAACAACGUCUGGUGAAAGCAAGAAUGUCCAUCGCAGUGGAAUAUAUUACGUUAAUCCCGAGAAGCGCAAGAACUGUCAUCAUGUAAAGGCGCUAGAGUUUUACAAAGGCAAAUUGAUUAUCUACGGCUGCGGAGACUUUAUUGAUGACUACGCAGUCGAUGAAGAGUAUCGUAACGAUUUAGGAUUUAUUUACACUGUAAUACUCACUACGACUGCGCCUAAUGCUCAAGUAUCUCCGAAGAACUUGACAUCUAUUACUUUCGAUCGUAUCUGUCUCACACCAGUGCAAAUUAAAAACCUUCAAGUAAAUAUUCUGAACAGACAUGAGAAGGAAUAUGGAUGGUUAGGACAAAAAAUGAGAACUUUGUGUGAAAAAGUCGGUAGUAUAGUUGAAGAUGAGAAGGGUGGCUGUUUCCUUGUAAAGCAAUGA